UCCGCUUUUUCCCCACUGGUCACUGAAGCUGCACAGGACCAUGGAUCCUCCACAGUCUUCAGAGAAAUCGCAUCUCAUCAACGAAAGAAAUGCCAAAAUAUACUCCUUAAAACUUAACAGUGAAUUCUCAGGUUCCAAAGAAAGUUGUCCAAACCUGCCUUUGGGAAAUGGCGAUAUGGCUGGUGCUAUUGAGCUGAAGAGGCCCGUUGCAACUCAUUGCCACGGAAAAAAAGCAGCCUUCGAUGAGGGCCACGAGAAACUCAUUGCAAAGAAGAAGCUGUACAUCGCUUCCAUAGUCUGUCUGGUUUUCAUGAUCGGAGAAGUUAUAGGUGGCUACCUAGCACACAGCUUGGCCAUCAUGACCGAUGCAGCCCACCUUCUGACAGAUUUUGGCAGUAUGAUGGUCAGUCUUUUCUCCUUGUGGAUCUCCUCGAGACCACCAACCAAGAUAAUGAACUUUGGCUGGCACAGAUCAGAGAUUCUGGGAGCCCUGAUAUCUGUGAUGUCCAUCUGGAUCGUGACUGGGGUGCUUGUGUAUCUUGCCAUUGAGAGGAUAGUAAAAAAUGAUUAUGAAAUCGAAGGCCAUGUGAUGCUCAUCACUUCAGGUUGUGCAGUCGUGGUCAACAUCAUAAUGGCAUAUAUUCUACACCAUUCCACGACCUUCCACAGUCACGGUUCAGGCUACCACAAGAUUGAUGAGAAUGGGAUGAGCCCUGUCGGCCAUGGCCACUCCCACAGCCUCUUGGGUAAUCAUGGGAACACCAGUGUCAGAGCAGCAUUUAUUCAUGUUUUGGGGGAUCUCUUACAGAGCUUUGGAGUGAUGGUGGCCGCCAUCAUUAUCUACUUCAGGCCAGAAUACAAAGUAGCUGAUCCCAUUUGCACUUUCCUCUUCUCUGUAUUCGUCUUGGGCACCACAAUUACCAUCCUGAGAGAUGUCUUCCGCAUUCUCAUGGAGGGGGCACCCAAAGGAAUAGAGUUUAAUUCAGUGAAGGAGGUUCUUCUGUCUCUGAAAGCAGUGAAGGCCAUGCAUAGCCUACAUCUAUGGGCUCUCACCCUUGGCCAGAGCCUGCUGUCUGUUCACAUAGCUAUUGAGGAGAACGCUGACCCUCACAGUGUCUUAAAGGAAGCCACUGAACUCCUCCAGACCAAAUUUGGCUUUUACAGCACAACCAUUCAAGUGGAGCCUUAUUGUGAGGACAUGAUCCACUGCGCCCAGUGCCAGGACCCUACGGAAUAAGUUCUCCGAGAGCAUCGGUGAGAGAAGGCUGCCUGUAUAAAAUGUAUGCACACAUAUUAAGCUUCAUUGAGGGUCCAAGCCAGAAAUGGAAACACUGUGCAAAUGCAUCAUCUAGCCUACAUAUCAUUACGAAUAUGUACACGCCAAAUGCAUUUUUAUCGAAUAACAAGAAAAUUUAAAAAAAGAGAGAUUUCACACUGUGCCAUCUUAAAAGUGCAUCUUCAGCAUCACAAAUGCAUUGGUUUAUGGGAGGAAUAGCUUUAAAAUGAAGUUUUGAUGUUUAGUUUUACAUACUGUAUGCAAAGAUGAACUGAAUUGAGCGGAGGCCUGGAGGCAUCACUGUGAGCCUUUUUAUUGUGACUUUGCUAGGUUUUGCUUGGCCGGCUGGCAUCGUACAUUACCGCAGAAGUGUACUGUAAUUGCCUGUCCGUGGUCUUGGGAGGGUAAAAGAUGGGUAUUGACAUGACUUCCUUAAAAACAAUUAAAAUAGGGUUUAUUAUGCCCCAGCCAGCCUUGCGUCUGCUGUCAGCAUGGUUCUCUAAUUAAUGUGAAUGUUCGCCAAACUGCGGCAUGAUGUUGUAGGGCUUAAAAAGAGAUUGUGCUCAAGUGUAAUUAUGGAUUUUGUUGGCGAUCUCUCACUAAUGUCUUGUCUCAUGGUACAAUACUAUUUGCAAAAGCAAGCGGGUGAUUAACUCUGUUCUUCCUCACUAGCUGCGAUAGUGAAGGUGCUGUUGUGGUUUUCAUGUGGCUUUAAAAGAACAUCGGAGACAAAAUGGCUGAUGAAUUAAACAACUAAGAGUGAUAUUAAAGGUGAAGUGUGUAACUAUCCUAGUUUCAUGCACAGAAAUUAAUACAAGUAAAACACUGGUAAGAUAUCCCAACAGAUUUAUUGGUGGUGAAGCUGAAUUUUCAGCAGACUUUAAAGGACUAAACCAAAUUUUAAAAUAUGAAUAAAUUGCAUGAUUAAAAUAGACAAUAUACCCCUGAUUGAUUAUUUGAUCAGACGUUCAAAAGUAAUAUAAAAUGCAAUUUUAUGCCAUAUUUAGAUCGUAAAUGUAAUACCAACAUCCUAGCUAACACGUUUCUGGAAGUGUACUACAUUUAAAAAUGUACAGUAUGCAACAGAGAGCUGUACUGUCUCCCAGCAUUAAUGCAAUUAAAUUGACCUAUGGUAGCAACUAUCAUUUUUAUAAUUUCCGCCUCAUUAUUUGAAAAAAAUGAAGAAAAGAAAGAUUUAAACACUGAUUAAAACUGUAGAAUACACAGUAAUAAAUAAGCAUAGCCAAUUUUAAAAAGUGGACACUUGUUCAGACUCAAAUCAUUAAUUUUGCAAUCUUAGAUGGCUGUAGUUGUGGCACAGAAAUUACACACUUCACCUUGCUAGGAUCCUGUUGUGGGUCACUCCGGUUUCUCAAAGUCAAGCAUGCUUCACACCGUGCAUAUGUUUGUCUUCAGGCUCUGUCCAGCUGUAGUCUGCGAUGACACACACACACACACACACACACACUCGUUUUGCACAGGAUUUCCAUCUCUGAUCUCGGUGCCGCCACACUGCCGCAAUGACUCUAUGACAUUCCAGCAAGUGGUGCAACACGUUUCUCAUGUCUCUGUAGUUCAACACUGAGCUCAUGGCAGUAACAUUCAAUAAUAAAGCACAUGAUUUCUGAAUGUCUUUUAAGAAACAUUUUCCAUUUAAACCACGGUUUUCUUUCCAUUCUUAGUUUUGUUAACAACUUUCAGAGCCCCUAAAUGUGCACUAAUGUUCAUUUACAUUAUAUGUGAAGAUUUUAUAUAGACAAAUAUGAUUUUAGACUAAUAAAAGACGCACUUGACAGAUGAUUAUUGUGUUUUAAAGCUUGCGUGUACUGAUAAAAUGUAGCCAUUGUGAUCUGUUGUGGCGUUGUGAAAGAGUUUUAAGAGUUUGCUUUGCAUGUUUUUUUUUUUAAGUGACUGUGAUUUAGAUGGUAAUUGAUCAACCUAAGGACCUCGCCAUCUCACUGAAAUUCAUUAAAUUCUAUAUUUUGUCUAUUUGUUUUGAUAAAAUGAAUAUAUAUUUUAAAUGUGAAUAUCACAGUCAUUUAUAAAACAAGAGAGAGCGAACAAAAUGAUAAUAUGAAAGGACCAAUGCAUAAGCAGUAUAUUUUUGAUAAAGUUGGGGUUGAUGUGCCAAAGCUCUGCAUUAAGAUUUUUACUUUUAGAGGGACCUCAGUAACAAUUUACUGCUAUUAGGAGUCAUUCCUGUUAUGCUGGACAUUUAAGUACUUGUAUUAAAGGGGAUUUAUAUAUAUAUAUAAAUGAACUUUCAGCGAUUGCAAGGGAUUAGGAGUUUCCUUACGUUUAGUUACUGGUAACACGAGCGAAAUUUCACUGCCAGUUGUCAAUAGAUGAAGCACCACUCGGUAAAAAGACUUGGGGCGAACUGGAAAAUUUUAAAAAACGAUCUGUGUGACCUUUCACCCUCAGGUAAAACUUCCGGUCGCGUGAUGACUGGAUUAACCCGCGAAAUUUCGUUGAGCGACGGUACAGUGACUUAAAUAACUUAAGCGUCUUAUAUCAUUAGGUAUAUUUGACGAUUUUAGCCAUAUAUUUUAGAGAGAGAAAAAUUCAGAAAAUCUAACGCGAAUAAAGUACUUACCGCUUUCGCUGUUUUCCCACUUCCUACAUGAUGUCGCGAGGGAUUAGCUUUUUUUUUUUUUUUUUUUUUGAAAGGCUCUAAUUACAGAGAAAAACUAUACAUUUGUUAUUAAAAUAACACAGGACACACCUGAAAUAUUUCCUUAUUAAAAAUAUAAAAUAAUAAUAAUAAUAAUAAUUAUUAUUAAAAAAAUUCACAUGGAAAGCAUAAUAAAAUAAAACUAAUAUAAUUUAAAUCUUAACAAAUGUGAGUAUAUUUUAUUUAGUAUGAUUAAAACACAUGUGCUGAAAAUGUGCUGCAUAACAGGAAUAACCUGUAUGUGUCCAUACACUUCUGACUUUAAGGGUUUUUAAUUAAAUGCUGACCAAGGACCAACAAAACAUUUUGAUCCAGGAACAUGUCUUACUACUUGCAUUUAAAAACCAAAAAAAACAACAAAAACAUAAGGUUGUAUAACUUAUGUAAACUUACAUGUCUGGGAACCAAUAACCAGAUGCUUUUAAAUGAAAGUAAAAUGCAGAGGAUUCCUGUUAGUCAUACAACAAAACAGAUGAAAAACCUCCCAGUAUUAUUUGCUAGAAUAAGUCAGAGACUUAGUUUGAAUAUUGCACACACAGCAUCACAACUCAAAAGUUAAGAUGAAUAUGAUAAAUCCAAAAUCAAUUUCAUAUGCAGGUGCACUCAACCCUUUGAAGCUUCAAAACUGAUAGCAGAGCGUGAGAUGGUACAUCAUCGGUCAUGUUUUUGACAUGUUCUGCAUUUUGUGUCAUGAACUAAAAGACAUUAAUGUUGUUCCGUGGAAAGUGUAAAUAAUCUACAUGAUUUUUUUGUCGUGCCUCAGAUUUGUGUAUGUGUACAGUAUAUAAAUUUGCUUCUUGUAUAAACUUGUCCGUCUAUAAAAGUCCUGUGUGUAAAUGUUUUAUCCUUUAUGUGACCGCAUAAAGCCACUAUAUAACCAGAAACUAAUGAUGGAUAUUUAAUUUUUACAUGCUUUUAAUUUUAUAUGU